GUGGCGGAGUCUGCUGCUCCGGGGCCGCCCCCUGCAGGCGGGCGUCAGAGGGAGGCGGGAGCCCCGCGGUGACCGCGACGCCUGCCGCCGCCGGAGCCUCCACUCGCCGCCGCGGAGAGGCCGUGACCUCCUGGCCGCCCGCCUCGGAGGCUCAGAUGGCCCAGGCGAAGAUCAACGCGAAAGCCAACGAGGGCCGCUUCUGCCGCUCGUCCUCCAUGGCCGACCGCUCCAGCCGCCUGCUGGAGAGCCUGGACCAGCUGGAGCUCAGGGUGGAAGCUUUAAGAGAAGCAGCAACUGCUAUUGAACAAGAGCGAGAAAUCCUCCUGGAAAUGAUCCACAGCAUCCAGAACAGCCAGGACAUGCGGCAGAUCAGCGAUGGAGAAAGAGAAGAAUUAAAUCUGACUGCAAACCGUUUGAUGGGACGAACCCUCACUGUUGAGGUUUCAGUAGAAACAAUUAGAAACCCUCAGCAGCAAGAAUCCCUAAAGCAUGCCACCAGGAUUAUCGACGAGGUGGUCAGUAAGUUUCUGAAUGAUUUGGGAAGUGCCAAGAGUCACUUGAUGUCGCUGUACAGUGCGUGUUCGUCUGAGGUGCCACCUGGGCCAGUUGAUCAGAAGUUUCAAUCCAUAGUAAUUGGCUGUGCACUUGAAGAUCAGAAGAAAAUAAAGAGACGAUUAGAGACUCUGCUUAGAAAUAUUGAAAACUCGGACAAGGCCAUCAAGCUGUUAGAGCAUUCUAAAGGGGCGGGUUCCGUAGCUCUGCAGCAGAACUCCGAAAGCAGAUUUAAUUAGUUUCCAAACCUAAGAGUACUUACAAACAAUGACGUGAAAAUGAUAAAAUACUAUUUUAAGUGUUAACUAGUUCUUUAUGUUAGGUAUAACCACUCAUUUGAUACUGAAAGUUGUUUCAGAUGAUGAAAAUAUUCCAGUGUCAUUAGUUUUGUGAAUAACAAUUAAAAGUAGAAAUAUUUUAAUUAUUUUCCUGUAAGUUUUUAGAUUGAAUUCUUGUCUUGUACUAGGAU